CCAUGAUCUACAUAUGUACAAAAAAGAUAUGUCAAAAAUCAGCUGGGGAAGGUCAUUUGUGAACUAGUCAGUGGUCGAUAUACAAACAGAAUGCUAAAGCCAAAGGCGUUAACUCAGGUUCUGAGCCAAGCUAAUACUGGCGGUGUGGAAAAUACAUUAUUGCUUAACCAUGAAGGUGCACUGUUGGCAUAUAGUGGAUAUGGAGACAAAGAUGCUCGAGUAACUGCAGCCAUUGCAAGUAAUAUAUGGAGAGCUUAUGAGAAGAAUGGCCGAAAUGCUUUUAAAGAAGAUCGGCUGCAGUUAGUACUAAUGGAAUGUAUGGAAGGGAAAGUGGCCAUUACCCAAGUUGCUAAUCUCCUGUUAUGCCUUUAUGCAAAAGACACUGUUGGAUUUGGCCUCCUCAAACAAAAGGCACAAGCCCUGGCUGAAUAUUUGGAUGGACCUCUGAAGCAAGUUGCAACAUCCUGAUCAAUCCAUAUUCUGAAUGUGAAUAAGAUUAUGGUUUGGACUUUUAAAACAGAUGGAAGUUCACACAUAAAACAUGGAUGGUUUUUGAAGAUGUUAUAAUAUUGUGUGUGAAUUACAGUUUUGUCUCAACUGCUAAACUGUUGUUGUUCAUAUGUAUUUCAUGUAAGUAAUGUAUUAAAACAAUCAAUAUAAACAACA